AUGAGCGUAUUGUCUCUUUGUGGGAAAAUAGAGAACCGCCUGACUGAACUCCAGAAUGAGGUUGCCCAAUCCAAAUCAUUAAAGAAAAAUUUGUUCAUAGACUGGGAUUGUAAGAUUAAGGUGGUUCUACCAAACGUCCUCAUCCCUCCGAUCUUCGGACUAGGUACCCCGGUGGAUCAGAUCAAUCCAAGAGCAGGGGUGAAAUGGGAUGCACCAGAGGUUGGGUGGUGCAAGGUAAACUUUGAUGGUGUGUCUGCAGGAAAUAUGGGUCAAAGUGGAGUUGGUUGUAUUCUGAGGGACUCUGAUGGUCUUUGUUUAAAAGAAAUCUCUGAAAAGAUUGGUGUGGCCACUAAUAAUGAAGCGGAAUUCAGAGCGGCUUUCAAACGUCUUUAG